CAACCUGAUGCGGGUUUAACGCGAGAUUAUUCACAGUCGCCGCUGCAUCGCUUCAAGAAGCCAGGCAGUAAGAACUAUAUGAAUAUUUACCCACCAAGCGCCACAUUACACUUGUCAAAUAUACCGCCGAAUAUUACCGAAGAGUAUUUGACGAGUGCGUUCGAACAGCGUGGUUUCACGCCAAAAGGCUUCAAAUUCUUUCCGUUCGUUACUUUUUGCGUUUUAUCGUUAAUUCCAUGA